AUGGCGGCCGGACGCAAGGUCUUUCACUGCGCCGUGGAUGAGACGGCUUUGACUACCAACAUCAGCGAGAUCAAGAAAUGGACUACCAACGGAGCCAUCGAUCUCAUUGUCCCUCUUUACACCCUCGAGCGGCUCCAUGCCCUGAAGCGGGCGGGAUCGCAAAUCGCCAUCAAUGCCCGCGAGGCUGUCCGCUUCCUCGACCGGGUCACGUCUGGUAAAGACCAAAUAACCGCCGAACGCAUCACCCUCCAGGGCCCGAUGGAACAAUAUGAGCGCUGGGAGGAUGCGGAGAAAUUCUUCUUGCCGGAAUUUGUGGAGGAACCUGAGGCGAUUGACGACGCGGAACCUUUCGAGUCAGCGCCGGAGGAACCCUCUAAGAACAAGACCACUUCUGGUCCCGAGGAUUUGUCACAGAUGCUUCUCAGCAGGCUGAAUUUCAAGAAAGACGCCGAGGUCGCCUCGAUCACCUCUGCAGGCUCGCCCAGCGGACCCGGAUCUCGCACUUCCUCCCGCAGCUCGCGCACUAGCCCCGAAUGCGCCCAGCACGAGAACGGCGGAACUAGCAAAAAUGAUAAAACUCAGUCCGGACACCAACGCACUGUCUCUGGUACAACCAUCCCCGUCGCUCCAGUUGCGUUGCGCCCGUUGCUCAGCGCUCUCCUGUGGCGACUGCACAGUGGCCCGGACGCUGAAAACUCAACCAAGAGCUGCAUCCUCAUCACCAACGACCGUGCGACACAGAUCUGGGCCCAAAAGUUUGGAAUCGGAGUGAAGAACAUUCUCCAGCUGCGGACUGCGAUCCAGUACGAGGAGCGCGAAUACAAGAACCGAUGCAAGUAUGUUGAGAAGACUCAGAUCCAAACCGUGGAACAGCCCAAGACCCUGCUGUCCUACGAAGAUGAUAGUGACGAGGAUGAACUGGUGUUUGUUCCGCGCGGGGGUCGUGGCAAGGGUGCCUCUCGUGGUGCGCGAGGGGCCGCCUCUCGCAAAGCUGCCGCGAAGACUGCUCCGUCUGCCGUGGAGACUACUAUCGAGGUUCCUACACAGCCUAUCGAUCCAAACUCGUUUAGCCGCUCCCUCGGUGGUUCGAAAAAGCCCGCGAAACCCACUGUGGAUUUGAGCACCCAAGAGGGCGCUGCCCGCGGCAUCGGAGGCGCAUCGCGUCGGUCCUCGAGCGGACGCCGUGGAGGAUCCACCCGUGGCUCCUCGCGAGGCAGUGGUCGUGGACGAGGCAAGCUCUGGGUUCCUUGA